GCUCGAUUGCUCAAUUGCAAAAUUGGACCACCGCCUCUCGCAGCGCAACUCAGAACAACUCAGAGCAGCGCAGCUCAGAGCAGAGAGGAGAGGAGCGGAGCUAUGGAGGUCGCGCGGAUGUGCGCCAGUGCCUCGAGCAGCGCGGUGUUGCGCAGCGCCAGCGCCCUUAGUACCAAGCAGAUGAAUGGCGAAGCUGUGCGGAUAUCCAUGAGGACGAGCGACAGAUUGCGCACUGCUCCCGCUUCGUCCCGCCCCGGCUCUUGCCGCUGUUUGGACGUCAAUUGGGACCCGGAGGGCCUUCUCGGCCGACCUGAAGGACCGGGGCUCAUCAGCAGAAAUCUGGUGAUGAGAAAGUUCAAGGAUGAGACGGACAAAAAGGUGGCCAUGGAAAAAGCUCUCAAACUCGAGGCCGAGCAACGCAAAGCUGCCCGUGAGGCUCGUGAGCAACCAUCGACACAUUCCGGCCUGAUUGAAUACUUCCUCAUGACGGACCCUGUUGAUAUGCAAUUCGAGAUCAGUCGCUGCAGGCCCUUGCUCACGGACGACUUUCGCAGAUUCUUGGUUUCUGAGAUUGGAACCAUCCGGUUAGCUCUGGACAAAAUGACACCGGAGAAGGAACUUAGAUUGGAGACGCUGCUAACGCUACAGAAGACCCUGGAAGAAGGCGUAGUUGCCCAUGACAAGCUAACCGCCAACAUUAGCCAUGCGAAGGAGAAUUUGGUGAAAAUCCUCACGUCGAAGGACAAAAAAGCCACUCUGUUGGAGUUGGCUGGAGAGAACAAAGUGAAUAAGGGUCUUCUCGUUCUCUUGGACGAGAACAUUGCUGCUGCUUCUUACGCCGGCCAGGACCAGAUGGCCGAGUACAUGAAAAAAAUUCGAGAGGCUAUGGUGAAAUACAUCACAGUUUGAGAGCAGCCGGUUGUAGGAUAAGCCAAAUUUUGCCACAACGAACGAACAGUCUAGAUACGAAUGUUUUAAUUUCCUCUUCACACCUUCGAGCGAGAGAAGCACACAUCAGUUCCGAGGCUAGCCGUAUGCACUCACAGGCAGUGUUAAAUGACAUCUAGAUGAUAACAGAUGUUCGCAAAAUACCAUUCCAGUGUACUUUUAGUAAUUAGUUUUAAGACGAUCUUUGAACAUGGGGCAAAAGGCGUCUGUACUAUUGUUGGGUGGUGACUUGUUAUUGACGUCAUUCAUGAAACCCUCUUCAUACCAGAAAGCUAAAUAAAAUCGUAAGUUCUC